AUGGCAUGCACCAACUGGAAACAGGAAGUGGAAAGGGUGAUGGAGGUGGAUUCCCCAAUCACCACAAAAGCUGAAGGAGUUCUCAAAGUCUUGGAGGAGCACAAGAUGUUGUACAAGUUGAAGUUGGUGCCAUCCCAGCUCCUUGUCCAUCCCCAGAACAGAUCUGGUGGUUUGCUGAAUGUGGCAGACAUGCAUGCAAAAGGAGCUGCAAUGCAUUCCAUUGGCUUUUCCUUCAAGAAGCUAUCAGAAUCCAUUGCCUUUGAGAUUCCUAUCUCUAAAAAAGAUUUGGUGUUCAAGGCAAACCAGUCCUUGAGUGAUUUGAACAGCAAUAUGGUGGCCAGGCCUUCUGGUACCGAAAGGUAUGCUUCAAUUUCAACAAGCCAUACCACUGCAUUCCUGAAGUCAGUGCAGCAAGGUUGCAGAACUCCUGAAGAAGAGCUUUCUCACAAUGGCUUCUUGAAUUUUGAGUCCAUGUGCGGCAAGGGUGGUGAUUUGAGGAAAAUGGUGGAAGAAGGCUGGACAUGGUCAAUUAUUUCUCCAGAAGUGGAGGAGAAAUUGUCAGGCUUGCCUGGCUUUCUGCAACAAGCACUCAAUAGUGAGCACAGUGUCAAAUCUGGUGCUAAUGAAUUGGAAGUAGCAGCCACAAUAGCUGCUGCCUUUGAGCAACAAGAAAGUUCAAGCAAGGAUUUGAAGAAAGCCCAGGCCACCGCUUUGGCAAGCAGGCCAUCUUGCUCUGAUUACAUCAACAGUGUAACACAGUUUGUGAAACAGUUCUCAGGAGGAGAAAAGUUUCCAUUGCUGAAGCUCUUGCAAAGCAUCAGCAAGCAAUUUGCUGGCACUGCUCUUCUUGGGCAAGAAUUCAUGGAGCUUCUGGCUUUCACUGAUUUCAAGAACAAGCAGAGCACCAUGCCUUGGACUCGAAUGUCUUUGGCUACUUGCCAAAUGUGCUCACCAAAGGCUUACAUCAAGGAUGGUGUCAGCAGAUUCAUCACACCUUCUGACUUUACCAAGUUGAAACAGAAAGCCAUGCUGGACAAGGUCAAGCAGGCUGAGGAGUUGCUGGGGAAAGGCUAUGAGCUUUUGCAAGCAUCUCCACUGACAUUGGACCAGCAGGCACACCCCAUGGCCAGGUACCUCACCAGACUUGGCUUGUUUCUCUUGAACAAAGAAAGCAAAGGGCAGGAAGGGAAAGAAUAUACAAGCUUGGCCAACAUCACUGAUGCUUUCACUGCUGAAUGCUUUGAAAUGAAGCAACAUGGACAUUUGAAUGCAAGGCAAGCAGAGCUUGCUGAGGAAAGUGAUGACAAGGAAAUGCCAGAAGCCCUGGAAAGUUGCCAAGAUCCUAUCCAAAUUGCUUGCAAGAUGUUCAAAUUGAAGGUGGGGAGCCAUUACACCCACAAUGGCCAAGUCAUGAAGCUCACCAAGGUUGAAAAGAAUUCAGCCACCUUGGUCUACACCCCCUUCUUUGGCUCUGCAGUGGACCACACCCUGACCCAUGAUGAUUUGAAAGGCAUCAAGCCUUUCACAAGGCCAGUACCUCAUUUGCACUCUGCUGCAGAUAUUGCUGCUCUCUACCCCAGUAAUGCAAUGGUCAAGGAGAUUGCCAGGGCCAAGGCCCAGCAUUUGCUGCAUGAAAAAUACCUGCAGACUGGAGAAUUUGAUGUGGUUGUGUCCAGCAUGGGGCAUUUGUUUGCCAAUGCAGAUUUCAAGAAGGGUGAGCUGACUUUGCUGCCCUUUGGGAAUGUGGCUGUGGUGGCCAAGGAGAAAGUGGCCAAGACUUCAGUGGUCCUGUUUUUGGCUGGGUGGCGACAAGAAGAUCAGCUUGUGGUGAGCCAUACCAAGUGCAAUUUUGAGAAGGCCACUGGCUGCUGGUCACCUUUCUUCUGGUGCAAGGAGAGCAAGGAUGACAAAGAGGAAAAGCCCAACAUGACAAAGGCAACUGUGAAGUAUGAUGAGCUGACCAUGCCUUGCAUCAAGAACAAAGAAAAGGUUUCUUUGCAACGGGCUGGCAUGGACCCAAGCCUGGUGCCUACCAACUUGUUGGUGAAAGAUUCUGGUGGGCAGGAAUAUUUGAAGGUGCAGCCAUCACACCCAAUGAUUGUCAAGCUGGUAUGCAAAGAUGGGGAAGAAAUUUUCCAGAAGACCAAGAAUGCCAGCCUGUCUGGUUCUGAACAGCUGAAAAAGCUGAAGGCACAACUGCAGUCUGUCAUCCAUAAGGAACUGGACAGCUAUGAAGCAAAUCAGGACCAGCCUUUGUUUGGAGAUGGCCAACAACCUGCCAACAAAUCAAAGGGCAAAUUCAUCAUGGCAAAGGCAUCCCAAUGCUUUGAGACUGUAGUCCUGGAUGUGGAGGGCACUAAUGUGGUCUGCCUGGUUCCACCCAAUGACAAGUUCCAGGAAAUCAUGAUUCAGUUAAAUGAAGACAUGCUGGAAGCUGUUUUCAACUUUUUGGCCAAGGACUGCAAAAGCACCUUGGAGAACAUGGCCAAGAGAGGUUAUAAGAGGAAGCAGGUGGGUGGUGAAGACUAG